AUGGAGGCGAAAGUUUCUCAAUUCUUCGAGUCCGUCGCCAACUUCUUCAGCGGUGGCGACCACAUCCCUUGGUCAACUCCUGACGUCAUUCUCGGCUGUGAGAGAGAAGUUGCAGAAGCUUUGAAAGAUGAUUCUGAUGAAAGGAAGAGUGAAAGCAUUAUGCGCUUAUCGUGGGCUCUUGUUCAUUCUAAACAACCAGAAGACGUGCAACGGGGAAUGGCCAUGCUUGAAGCUUCACUAGCCAACGAUAAUAGUCCAUUGCAAAAGAGAGAGAAGCUCUACCUGCUUGCUGUUGGAUAUUACAGAAGCAGUGAAUAUUCAAGGUGCCGGGAGCUCCUAGACCAAUGUUUGGAGAUUGCACCUGAUUGGAGACAAGCUGUGACCCUGAAGAAGACGGUUGAAGAUCGAAUAACUAAAGAUGGUGUUAUUGGCAUCGGCAUUACAGCAACUGCAGUCGGACUUCUAGUAGGUGGUAUAGCAGCAGCUUUGGCUCGAAAAAAUUGA